UCUAACCCUAGUGUUUCUCCAUGGGGUCGCAUCUGUCAAUUUUUCCAUUCUAGUUAAACUAUCAACUGUGUGCCUGUAAACGGCUUGGAUUUAUUUAGUUUUGCAUAGCAAUAUUUAAUAUUAAUAGUGAAAGUUUUAGUAACAUUACUUUGGAAGCAAUAUUGUGUGCGCAAGUCUAUCAUCUAUUUAAUAUAUACAACAUUGGAUAAAUGAAAUAAAGAAAAAAAUAACAUUUAACAAAUUUUUAUUCUACCGAUGAAGUCCUUCGAGUGCGAAUCAUCUUCCGAAGAAGAAUCUACCUUACAUGCUAUUUCGAAGGGAAUUGUUCAAUCAUCACAAUGGUUAAGAAAUCAUUCGUCUUCUGGGUGGGGAUGGCAAAGUAGUGGCGGAUCAGCAGCACAUGCAACAAGCUCCUCAGCAUUAGAACAACCUAGUAAUUUUGGUGGCUUUAAUUCAUCCACAGAAGAAACCCAAACACCAGGCAGGCGAACUCCUCUUGGAGCAGUGGGACUUGGCGGAUUUUAUUUUCAAGGCUGCUCUCCAAAUCUAGCAACUCAUGGUCCUCCUUCAGAUGAAAAUAACCCACACCCUGGAUGUUCAACACAGUUAAAUAUUAGGUCUCAAGAAUCUAUAAUAAUACCAAAUUCUCAAAAUGCUGCCCCGUCCAAAGGUAAAAACCGUCAGGGAAAAUCAGUACGUUUAAACAUAAAUGCAAGAGAAAGAAGAAGAAUGCACGAUUUAAAUGAUGCUUUAGAUGAACUUAGAGCAGUUAUACCUUAUGCCCAUUCUCCAUCAGUACGUAAAUUAUCAAAAAUUGCCACUUUACUUUUGGCAAAAAACUACAUUCUUAUGCAAGCUAAUGCUUUAGAGGAAAUGAAAAGACUUAUUGCCUAUUUACAAGGUACUGCAGGUGGAGCAGCUAUUGUAGCUCCACCUGGAUUUGAUCUUCAAGGAUUUCCUGCAGCCGCGAAAUUUUUACAGCAGCAACAGGCUCUUCAAUCUGAAAAUUCUAGAAAUAACGAUGGUUUGUAAGUUACAAGAUUUAUGUUGAUAAACCAAUAAUUUAAUCUUAACCUAGCAAAGUUAGCUAUACAAAAUAAUUAACUUAUUGUAAAAUUAUUUAUUGAUCAUUUUUGUAGGUGUAACAACUCUUGGAAAAGGUGAAGAUUAUCGAUUUAAAUUUUCAUUUUUUGGGGUUCCGCCCUGCUUGGUUAAAAACUAAUUUUUAACAAUAAUUUUAGUUUUAAAAAAUCAAGGAUAUUCUAGUAAAGUGUAAAGUGCUUUUUAUGUUGCCGAUAUGAGCUGUAAAGAAAAGUUGUUAAGAAUUAAUAUCUAGGCUCAAAUACCAAAUUUGAAAAUCCUCGGCCAACUAUGAUUUUUCAUUUAUUUUAUCAAGAUAGUA